GACAGGGGACCAGAGACCUGCUGCAGACAUGCUGCAGGUGAAAACACGGUGCUACACAGUAAUAACACACAAUUUCACAGAGAGUUGAUCGGUCAGUGAUUUAGAGAUGUUGGGUGUUUUCAUAGAGGGAUUACUGGGAGCUAAUGUCAAUGAAGCCUCAUGUCUCUGCGGGGCCGGUGGACACCGUGUCCCCUAGACAACAUCUACACACACGUUCCUUCACGGUGAGCUCCCGUGGUUGACAUAAAAGCCAAGUCACAGUUCCUCGUUGGUAAAGAAAAUAAAAGGGAAGUUGGACAGUCUGACCAAAACCGUCUUUGCUCGGGAGGAAGAGAAGUUGUCACAUCACUGAGCGAACUGAAAAGUAGAGGAGAGACGGUGGAUUGACGGAGUCACAGAGGGAGGCGAGAAAAGACAAAGGAACCCCAAAAAGGCCAAGCAGGCGACUGAGGGAGGAAGGUCAGGAGUUCACAAGAAGACAAGAAGAUGGGUGGACGGGAAGCACAGUGCUGGUGCUGGCUGCUGGUCACGCUCUCCCUCAAAGGUAUUCUUGCAGCUGAUUGGUCAGUUCAUCUCCCCCACAGUCCGAUCUGUGCUGUGAUUGGUUCCUCUGUGGUUCUCCCUUGUUCCUAUGACUACCCCCAACCUUCGAAUGAAACCGAAGAGGGACGGCUCUCGACUCGGGAUGGAGGAGGAGGAGAAGAAGAAGGACAAAAGCACAAAGUUUUGUCUGAGAUGUGGUGUCUCGAAAGCAGUCGCUGUAUAACACCGAGAUACGUCUUCCACAGCGCCGGCAUCUCCCCAGAUCCAUCCUACCAGAAUAGGGUGGAGUACCUGGGACACCCAGGGACAAAAAACUGCUCCCUGAGGAUCUCCGAUCUGAGACCGUCGGACAGCGGAGCAUACGUGUUUUACCUCAUCAUCAGCCACCCGACACAGAAGAUGCCGGAGCAGAGCGGCGUACAGCUCCUGGUGGCAGACAACUCCAGCGCCAUCGCAGUGUCCGCAAGCCCCUCCGGUGACAUCGCGGAGGGCGGGGCUUUGCGUCUGGCCUGCUGCAACCCUGCGGCCGGUCCGCAGGCAAUAUUCAGAUGGCACAAGAGCACAAGCACCAGCCCGCCGCGCACGGGACGGGUGUGGAGCAUCGGCGAGGUCACAUCUGAUGACUCUGGCAGCUACUACUGUCAAAUACACACUGCAGAUAAAGUGCAGACCUCCAAAAAGCUGCACAUUGAUGUGGAGUAUUCCCCACGAAACACACACAUCUCAGUGUCCCAGACACCGGCCGGCCUUUCCCUGACUCUGACCUGCAGCAGCGACGCUAACCCGCCUGUCCGCACGUACGCCUGGUACCAGGGGGCAGCGUGUCUCCCUGCAGCGGACAAAAGCCUUCAUCAAGCAAGGCGAUCCAGGGCUCAGAGCACCGGAGCAGGCCUGACUCUCAGCAGUACCAACAUCACCCUUCAGCAUUAUGCGCAGCAUUGCUGCGUGGCACGCAACACACACGGGUCGCAGGUCGACAGCAUAACGCUGCCGGGUAGCACAGGGACGACCCUAUCUGACUCUUCAGUAGGCAGGCAUGUAUUUAUCGGCGUGACCGUCGCUGUUCUGCUGGCUGUUGUCGCCAUAGUGGCCUUUCUCUUGACCCGGAGACAGAAGUCCUCCAGACACCAGUCGUAUGUCCUCACUGAGACAACUGCUUCAGGACCUUGAGGACUCGUCCAGCACAAAUCACAAAGCAAAGUGCAAACUCACUUCAACCAUCACAAGACUCGUCCUCACCUGACUGUCAGGCCAGUGGGGCCGAUCCUGAAAUCCUCAUUUCCUCAAUUUCAAUGUUAUGAGCUUAACGAGGUUUAUUUGAAAACCCAACAGAAAUGAAGAAAUAGCCUGAAUAUCUGUAUGUAUUUGUUCCAUUUGUUUAAGUGUGAUUGUGCUUCGAGACAGAAAAGUCUAUUGUCAAGAGACAAAUGACAUAUUAUCUCAAAGAUAACAGACUCAGAAUCCCCAGUUCUCAGUCGGUUGAACUUUCGCAGGAACAGAGGAGAUGUGACUUUAAAUGCCUCCUUUAUGGUUGGAUACAUAUGGCGACUACAAAUGUGCUGAUAACGAUUUCAGAAUGGCGCCACAGAGAGCACGCAGUUCUCUCAAAGCGAUGUCAAGGAGCAGCCUGUGCUCGAAGCCUGUCGGUCAACAUGAUGAGAAUGAACGUGAUGACGGAAAAACACAGCGAUAAUGAUCCAAUUAGAAGCUGUUUGCAGUUACUACGGGGACUCGUCUCCGAGGUUUUGAGUAAACUCUUAAGCGUGAUAAGGCCCUAAAAGAUAAUGAGCAGAGACUGAGGAUGAAAACCAGAAGGACAGUGACUAUAACAUCCGUUGAUAAAAGAUUCUUGGACGUCAACUCCUCACCCAGGGUCCUCGUCUAUUUUUAGAAUGUUAUGUGUGAUUUAUUAUUUUGAAGUCAGGGAAGUGGUGCACACAUGCUAAUAGACUUAACAAGAAAGUGCUUAUUUUUUCUAGUAUUUAAUGAGACCAUUUUACAUAAAGUUUGUUCGCCUCACUCACGUUUCUUUACAUAUAUUUAAUGAUUGCAUGAGAAAGAGAAGGUCUACACAUUGUAAUGUGUAAAUGAGGUUCUCAUUUUAAAGCUGUUUUAAGUAUGUGUCACCAUUUGUUCUGUAUGCAUUCUGAGAUGUAGUUGGGACAUUGAAGCAGUUUACCAAAACAUGAUGCAAAUAAAUAUGUUAAACUCAA